CAGCGAAACUAAGCAUGCGCAGAAUGUAACUAUGGUUACCUAGAAGUCUAACAGAAGAACAUGGUGAAGAGUUGACUUUCCACAGGCGUUAUUAAUUGCAACUGUAAAGUCAGAACAUGUUCGCGAUGGAUUUCCCAGUGGACGGCUCCAGAGAGAAGGCUGUGGAGGGCAGACGAGCCGCCGAGGCUGAGCGCAAGGCCCGCAUCUUCAGCACACGGAGUCGGGUGAUGGGCGUGGAUCUGAGUACUUUGGAUCAGCAGGUGGAGGAGAGACAACUCCAACGAGACGCAGAGAGACAACGAGAAAAAGCUUUCGGGCACCUGAGAAGCAGUCAAGAUAGAGCGCAACUGGAACAAGACAGAGAAGAGCAGGAAAACCUUUCUGCAAUAAAUAGUGACCUUGCUCAGUAUUGGGCCACUCAUCAGCGAGUAGAAGAUUCCCGUGAUGCCGAUCUCAUAUGUUACCAGCAGGGGGCGUCCAAGUUCACGAUCCCAGAGGAUGAGCUGGGGCCAUCCAGUAUGCAAGUUUUCCUGGGAGAGGAUGCAGAAGCUAGCCAAAGGAGGAGGGAACAGAUAGUGACGACGGAGAGAGAGUUGCAGGCGCAGAAGGAGGACGCAGAGACGAGGCGAACGAAGGAGAGGCGUAUCGAGGAUCUCGUAAUGAAGACACUGGUGCAUCAAGACCUGAGGGCGGUUGAACUGGAAGCACAGGAAGAAGAGUGUAGGAGAGCUGUCCGCAUGGCGCUCAGCAACUACAAUCAUGCCCUGGCUGCAGAGCGGACGGAGACACUGAGGGAGCAGCACCGGAAGGACGAAGGGCAGAGUCUGGCCGAGAUGGGCCACAUGGUGACCUCUGACAUACUGACCGAGUGCCCCGAGGCGGCAGAGAGGGGGCAGGGCCGGGUGCUGACGGACAGGUGGCGGGGGAUGACUCCUCAGCAGCUGAGCGCCAUCUAUAGGGAGAGGGAGGAACAGCGGCUCCGCAGACAGAAGCAGCAGGAGACUGAGAGGGCGAGGGAGGCCGCCUGGGACCUUGAGCAGAUGAGUCUGGCCAGGAGGGGGGAGGAGGUGGAGAGGAAAGAGAGAGAGCUGCAGAGAGAUAGGAAGAUUGAGCUGGACCAGUACAACAUGCGGCUAGCCAGGGAGCAGCAAGCACAUCAGGAGUAUCUGGACAAGAAGCUGUACACCAACAAGCCCAGUGGAGACUAUUUUAACCAGUUCAACACCACCUCACGCUGAGUACUGCAGCUCACACGAGACUCUGCCAACCUCCCCUGAGUAUACCUAUAGAUUUGCAGCAAAUAAAGGGUGUAUUCCUCUCCUGCAAA